UCAAAGAUGGCCCUUUUAUCGGCAAUGAAAGGAAAACUGAUCUCCGUGAUUGGAGAUGAGGACACCUGUGUCGGAUUCCUGCUGGGUGGUGUGGGAGAAAUCAACAAGAACCGUCACCCCAACUUUAUGGUUGUUGACAAAAAUACUGCGGUCAGUGAAAUCGAGGAUUGCUUCAAGCGUUUCAUUAAGCGCGACGACAUCGAUAUCAUUCUAAUCAAUCAGAACUACGCCGAACUGAUCCGUCACGUGAUCGAUGCGCACACAGCUCCCACGCCAGCGGUACUGGAAAUUCCUUCCAAAGAUCAUCCGUACGACGCUAGCAAGGAUUCGAUUCUGCGCCGCGCUAAGGGUAUGUUCAAUCCGGAAGACAUGAUUGCUAACCGCGGUUAGGUCCUUACGGACGCGAACUGCUCCAUCACCGCACCAAGAUCCCCCU